CGCAAGCUAUCGCGGAUAUAUAAAGCGGAUCGAGGCAUCUCACCUAGUCAUCGUGUCACCACCACACACCCGUGCGUCGAUCCGUAGCUGCCCACGGGCGGUUAACGGUCAUGGAGCACCACGCUGCGAUCUUGGAGGCCGGCGGCCAGGAAGGGGUGGAGCGGCGGAAGCAGCAGCAGCAGCAGCUCGUGCGCGAGCGCGGCCGGCGCAUCAAGGCGGCCGCGGAGCUGGGGCUGGCGCGCUCGUCGCGGGGCCGGCAGUGGGGCCGCGCGCUGGGCCGCCGCGUGGGCCCGGAGGACGAUGCCUCCUCCCCCUUCGAGGUGACCUCGUCGUCGACGAUGGGCAAGCGCGAGGCGCAGAGGAAGGCAGCCUCGGCGGCGGCGGAGGAGGAGGAGGUGGAGGAGGUGGCGGUGGAGGAGAAGGUGGCGCUGCUGCGGCGGCUGGUGCCCGGCGGCGAGGGCAUGGCGGUGGAGGGCCUGCUGGAGGAGACGGCCGACUACAUCGCCGCGCUCAAGGCGCAGGUCGGCGUCAUGCGGGCGCUCGCAUGCCUGCUCUCCGGCUCCGGCCUCGACGCGCUGACGGUCCCGGAGAAGGCUGCCGGCGGCCUCCUCAGGCCGGAGAAGCAUCAGUGAGAAGGAACAGCAGCAAGCGUGUCCUUCCUGGCCUCUUCUUCCGGCUAGUGAGUAGUGACCCGAGCUUCGUCGUCAGGUUCGUCUCCGCGCGUUUGGGCACCUGCCGUUUGGAGCAGCCAGCGCAGCUAAGCUCUUGCGGUGUGGGUGCUUCAAUUCGUCGUGUUCCUACUACCUGAAAAUGUCACGGCAUUUUUGUUUGAGAAUUGAGAGGAUGGAGAGAAUCAGAGAAAGGAGCAGUGGAUCCAGCACGCUGGUCCUAGCGAACUAGGCUGCAUCAGUUGAUCAGUUGAUGGGAGCAUAGCAUGUGGGCUGUGGCUCGUGUAAAAUACUAUGAAUUGCAGGAGUACCUUUUCUUCA